AUGAGAUUACUAUUAUCUAAAAUGUAUAAAAUUAUUUUAAUAACAUUCUACAUUACUAUCAAUAUUAAUCCCUUAUUUUCAUUGAAUACUUCCAAUACCAAAGAGACUAUUCAUUUCAGCAAACCAGUUAUUAUUGAAUCACCAACUGAUCUUAUUACUAAUGAGAAUAUAUUAGAAUUUACAUGUAAAGCUGAAGCUAAUCCAAAACCUUUGAUUAUCUGGUAUAAUGCAACUACAAAUCAACCUCUUGAAGAUAAAUUACAAACUAGUGGUUAUCAAACAAGUAUACAUGUAAAUAAACACUUAGGUAAACUAAUGAUCUCUAAUCCAGUACCAGGAAAAUCUUAUUCUAUUUACUGUAAUGCAUCGAAUUCAAUUGGUUGGGUAACAACUAAUCCACCAGUGAUUGGAGCGGUUAUAUAUUUAAACUUUGAAUUUAAUUUAAAUCCAUCGGAUACUGAAGCUAAUGAAGGAACUAGUGUAACACUUGAAUGUCUACCUCCAAAAGGUCUUCCUAAACCUAAAAUUUCAUGGAUAAAAGAUAAUAAAACUGUGAUAAGUCAGGAUAAAGUACAGAAUCUUCAUGGUUUAGAUUUUUCAAAUCUUAGAAUUAUGCCAAAUGGAAGCUUAAGGAUACAUCCAGCUAAUAUUAAAGAUACAGGAAAUUAUAUUUGUGUUGCAAUGAAUCCAAUUGGACAAAGACUAUCUCAGUCAGCAUAUUUACGUAUAAACUCAUUGCCUCAUAAGCAUAUAACUCCAAAACAUAUUCGAGUGAGACAAGGUCAACAAGUAAAGUUGAUAUGUCCAACCAAUAACGACAAGUCAAUAGAAUGGAGUCGUCAAUCAAAACAACCUUUCACUAUAUCUGAAAGAAUUCAACAAAUUAAAGAAGCCUUAAUCAUUAAUCGUGUAAUUCAUUCUGAUUCUGACAUUUACAUUUGUACUACAUUAAAUGGUGAACAAGGAGAAAUACAUCUUACUGUUGAAACACCACCAAUAUUCUUAAAAUCACCAAUUGAUUUAAUAUUAAAUAUUGGUGAUAAAGCUAAAUUUGUAUGUGUGGCAAAUGGUAAUCCUAAACCUGGUAUAUACUGGGAAUUACCAGAUAAAACUCCAAUUUUUCCAACGGAUAAUUCAUCAACACAAUCAAUUAAUAGACAUAUUGUUCAUACUGAUGGAACAUUGGAAAUCGAUUCAGUUACAUUGAAAGAUGCUGGAAAAUAUCAUUGUAUUGCACAUUCAUCUAUUGAUAUGAUACAAACAAGUGCAGUUCUAAGAAUAAGACGUAAAAAGAAGAAUACAACCACCAUGACAACAACAACAAAUUUGGACCAACAUCAAAAUGUUAAUCAAUUCAAAACAGAACAUAAACUUCCUUCUGUUAAACAUUCAAUCAAGUCAGUGAAUUAUGUACCACCAUAUAUUGGUUUACCACCAUCAAAUAAAACCCAAGUAAUUGGUGAAUCUGUACUGAUGGAUUGUGAAUUACCAAAAUUAGUAAAGAUUAUUCAUCCUAAUAAAUUUCAAGAUUCUCAUCAUUAUAAUAAUAAUCUAUUUAAUAUUCAAAGUACAGAAAAUUGGCGGAUCAUUUGGAGACGAUCAUCUUUCGUAUCUCACAACAACCUUCAACAACAACAUCCGAAAGAAAUCAUUCAUGGUGAAGAUGAUAGAUUUAUUAUCUUUCAAAGUGGUAGCUUACAAAUCACUGAUCUUCAACUCAAUGAUUCUGGACUAUAUACAUGUUCAUUAAAAGAUGAUACAAAUAUCAAAUAUGAAGUAACGGUUACUUUAAAUGUUCUAUCAACUAAACUAAAAGAACAAAUAUCAGAUUCUAUAGAAGAAUAUCCACUUAACUCACCAACUAAUCUUCAAUUAUUAAAUCAAACAGAACAAAGUAUUACUUUAUCAUGGAUGAUACCUCAUAUAAACAAUUAUAAUCAAUCAUUAUUAUCGAUUAAUUAUUGGAUUGAAAUUUAUUCGCCUAAUAUCUCCAAUCAAGGAUGGUUUAUCAUUGAACGUAAUUGGCCAAUUAAUAUGAUUACAUUAAAUAAUCUUAAUUAUAAUCAAUUAUAUUAUAUUAUAAUACGUUGUAGAUUAUAUAAUGGACGUAUAGGAUGGGCAAGUUAUCCAUUUGGACCUAUAUUAUUAAUGAAUAAUAAUAAUAAUAAUAAUAAAAUCAAUAACCAAUUCAAUAAUCAAUCAAUAAUCAAUCAAAAAUCAAUAAAAUUAAUUAAUAUCCAAUUAAAUGUUUUAUCAUUUAAUACAAUACAAAUUAGUUUUAAUUUAUAUGAACAAUUAUAUAUAUUAUUAAAAAUUAAUGGUUAUAUAAUAUAUUAUCGUAGUGUAGAACAUAUGAAAUGUUUACAUACUACUUAUAAUCAUUAUAAUAAUAGUAAUAUAAUUAAUCAUUAUUGUAGUUUAAAUCCUAAAAAUUAUAAUCCAUCUAUUAGUUAUUAUGAUAUAUAUAAACGUUUAAAAUUAAUGAAUCAACUUUAUCAAGAAGAAGAACAAGAACAACAACAACAACAACAACAACAACAACAAGAACAGGAUAAUAUCACCGAUUCAAUUAAUUCAUUGCAUGGUAUUAUUUCUACGGUAACUAUUGAAGAAAAAAAUUUUUCUCAAAAAAAUUAUACAAAUAAUCAAUUAAAUCAAUUAAUUAAUCAUAAAGUUAUUACAUUAUUAACUAAAUUAAAAUCAUUUCAUUGUUAUGAAAUUGGUAUAAAAAUUAUAUAUAAUCAUAUAUUAAUGAAUUAUAUACAUCAUACUACUGAUAUAUUUACUCAUAAAAUAUUAACUUAUGAAACAAAUCCAUUAUCACCACCUAGAAAUAUUUAUAUUACAUGGUUAUAUAAUAAUCAUAUAGAAAUAAGUUGGAUACCACCAUUAGUAUCCGAUUGGAAUGGUAUAUUACUUGGUUAUAUUAUAUAUAUACAUAAUGAAUUAUUAAAUAUAUAUCAUAGUAUUAAUGUUAGUUCAGAUAGUAGAAAAUUUAUAAUUAAUUUAAAUAAAUUACCAAAAUUAAUAAAUAUACAAUUAGCUGCAUAUACAUGUAUUGGUAUUGGAAUUAAAAGUGAAUUAAUUAAAAUUAAUUUUAAUCAUUUAAAUAUUUCACAAAUCAAUAAAGAAUCGACAACAUUGACGACUGUCGAAAAUGUUCGAAUCUCAACAGAUUCUAUGAUGAUAAAUUAUUCAAUGAAAAAUUUGAAAUUAAUAAAUCAACCAUGGUUUAUUGGUACAAUGAUAAGUAGUUUAUUAGCAUGGUGUAUUUUAUUUAGUAUAUGUUUAUUAUGUUGGAUACGUCGUAAUAAAUUUUGUAAAAAACAUCUUACAUAUAAAAUAACACAACCAAACUUUCAAUAUCUUACUACUGUUGAUAGUAAAGAUUGUAAGAGUAAAACAAAUAAUAUAGAUACUAAAUCUAUUGGACAAUGUAAUAGUUAUUCAAAUCAUCAUCUCAACAAUAUAUCUAUGAUGAUAAGUAGUAGUUUAAGUGAACAAACAUAUGAAACUAAAAUACAUCCUAAAAUUACAUAUUUACCAGUUAGACAAUCAUUAGAUUAUAUUUCAAAUGAUAAUUCAAAUAGUUAUGGUCUACAAUAUACAAAAUAUUCUGAUGAAUCUCAUAUGAAAUUUUCAUCUAAGAUGGAUCAUUUCCGUACGGUGAAUGAUGGUAUAAGAAGUCCUAUCAAUAAUAAUAAUCAUUCAGUUAUACCACAAUUGGUUCAAACAUUUACUAAACAAUUUAUACCAAAUUCAUCAAAGGAUAUAACUUAUUUAACUAGUGAUAUACAUGAUCCUAUAAAGACAAAUUCAUCGCAUUUUAUCUCUGGAUCACAAACAAGUUCAGAACCAUUUGAUUCAGCUAUUUAUUUAGAACAAAUAUCAAAUAGACAACAUUUUAAUGAUUCUUCAGGUUCUAUAUUAAUACCAUCAACUAUAAUGACUACUAUAAAUAGUAAUAUAAAUGAACAAAUUUAUUCACCUAUUGUAACACCAUAUGCAACAGUAUCUAUUAUACAAAAUCAAAAUUGUAAUUUAGGAUUACAAUCACCAAAGAAACAAACACAUUUCAAUAAUCAGAACAAUAAUAAUCACCAUAGCAACAACAGUCAUAAUAAUAAUAAUCAUCAUCAUCAUUUCAAUGAUAAUACUUCACAGAAUAUGUAUAUAACAUGUAUGGAUUUAACUAAUUGUCAAAAAGCAAUCAAUAUACCAAGUUCCUUAUAACUAACUGAAUAUCUUCAUUACAGUUGAAUGUGAUACUGCCGUUGAUACUGCCGUUCUUGGACUUAUUAUAAGUCAUACC